GUACUUUGUCUGUUUUGCAACGCGAUAGCCGUCGCUAGUCAUUCUGCGGUGAUUCGAUCAUAGCUUGUCGAUUCAGUUCCAAGCAUACUUCAGAAGGUGUCCUACGUGUGUCUUGACCAUGCGUACCGCAGUCACACUUUCUGCGGCGGCUUUCUCUGGAAGCGGUCGCCACGUUGUUCAGGCCAGUUGACCAGUUCCACUAACACGGCCAUUCGGCAUACUCGGAAUUGUUACAUCGAGAACGGUCGCAUGAAUUGUUCUUGAAGGCAUGUCGCGAUGGGUGGGUGACGUCACUUCGGGCUCUGACCAACAUCGCCGAAACUUCUACCGGCAAUCUCCUAAUCACCCCGCCAUGAGUCACUGGCAGCAAUAAAGGCUGUGUUAAUGUUUGCACGCAUAUAUCGUAGACCUUGCAAUCAGAGUAACAAACGCAUGCGGAUGAAUGCUGAGUGAUCAAUUGCUUCGAACAAGUGUUGGGCUGGUGACAUUCCCUGGCACACGAAAAUUACUGGCGACAGCUCGACUGAUAAUGAUUGGCAAACAAGGAAUAUCAAGUGCGACAUGGCAAGAUCGAUCGGUCGCCAUGGAAGGCACACUGAACAUGCGCGAUCUCGGUGGGCUUCCCACGAAUGACGGUCGUCACACUAUCAAGAACCGUCUCUUUCGAAGUGCAGACCUCGCUCAACUCACCAGAAACGAUGUACAGACACUGGAGCGGCUUGGUAUAAGAACAGUCGUAGACUUGCGUGGUCCAAAAGAAGCUCUCGAUCAUCCCGACAACGUACCUGCAGGCACCACAAUCGUCUCGAGUCCGAUUAUUGGAAGCAACACUGGUGACGAAAUCAACGACACGACCAUUCGGAAUCUUGUUCUCGGGGCGGGACUUCCAGAAACAAUGCUGGAUGUCGCACAAGUGAGCCUACAUGGACCUUACUACCGUAUGCUGUUUCUUGUCAACAGUUAUGGUACAGAAAGUCAUACAUCACGAUUGACAAAUUACCGUCCCUUCUUUCGCACCCUCAUCGAUCUGACGCCGGACGAAACCAUCUUAGUACAUUGCACUGGAGGACGCGACCGCACUGGCGUUGGUGUAGCACUAUUGCUCAAAGCCCUUGGAGUCUCUUCGCAAGAGAUCGAAGCCGAUUUUGUCGCCUCAAACCAUGCUCUCCAGCCCGAUCGCGAAAAUUCAGACUCCACAACUUUCCUCCAAUUCCAAUCUGCGAAUGUAUUUCUCCAACCACCAACAAACAGAUACUAUCAACAGGUUUCUAAGGAACUCGGGGCUUCCCCAGAAUCCAUCAGAAAUGCCGUGAAAUUGAAGGUGGACCUACUCAGACGCAUGUUCACGUCCAUAGAUGCUCGAUUUGGUUCCUUCUCCAAUUUUCUUGUGAGUCAGCUGGGGGUCGGCCCGGAGGAACUGGAUAUUCUCAAAGGCAAACUCCUGACUUGACAAGGAGGUUCAGACGAGGUUUUCGAUUCCUUGCGACUGACUUCGAUGGCGCAUCAUACUAUGAGAUCUGUUAGAACGAUGAACUUGAUUGAGUAUUUCGGGAGGUGAUGCAUGUAGUGAUGUAUAAAAGAAAUGCUUCAGGUGUUUCGAGGAUUUGAGAAGAAGCGCUUUGACCAUGUCAGUCGCGAUUGACGCGUAUUCUCGUGUGCAAAAUUCGAUGUACAACGGGUCAGCGGGGUGGCCCCGACACACAAUUUCAUAGCAAUUUCUAUCUAAUUACCCUUCCUACUACCUCAAUUGAAGCUAUAUAAUCAGCUGUAUAGGCUUGUUAGAGGCGUAGCAGUUCAGGUCGUCGACGAGCAGAUUUAUACCGGAUUCUAGCCUUAUUUUAGCGUACUAGUACCCUCUUAACAUACUCUCGCGAUUAUAAGGCUCGAAGACGAAGAUAAG